CGGUAGAUCUGGCGAGUUGGAUGUGGCCGGUUAUCCGGCGGGCCUAGGGUGUGAUCGGAAGCGCAGGCCGCAGGCGCUGGGAGUGAAUCAAUCCCCGAGCGGCGCCAUGGGGAACCGGGGGAUGGAGGAUCUGAUCCCGCUGGUUAACAAGCUGCAGGACGCUUUCAGCUCCAUCGGUCAGAGCUGUAACCUCGACCUGCCGCAGAUCGCCGUGGUGGGCGGGCAGAGCGCCGGCAAAAGCUCGGUGUUGGAGAACUUCGUCGGCAGGGAUUUUCUUCCUCGUGGUUCUGGAAUUAUUACUCGCCGGCCGCUUGUUCUGCAGCUCAUCAAUGCAAAAACGGAACAUGCCGAAUUUCUGCACUGCAAAGGGAAGAAGUUUACAGAUUUUGAGGAGGUUCGACAGGAAAUCGAAGCAGAGACUGACAGAGUUACAGGGAGCAAUAAAGGAAUCUCGCCGAUUCCUAUCAACUUGAGGGUGCAUUCUCCAAAUGUUUUAAACCUGACAUUGAUUGAUUUACCGGGUAUCACCAAGGUUCCAGUUGGUGACCAGCCAGCUGACAUAGAACACCAGAUCAAAGAAAUGAUUAUGCAGUUUAUCAGCAAAGAGAACUGUCUUAUACUGGCUGUCACUCCAGCGAACUCUGACCUCGCCAAUUCAGAUGCACUCAAGCUUGCCAAGGAGGUUGACCCACAAGGUUUGAGGGUGAUCGGUGUGAUCACAAAACUGGAUCUAAUGGACGAAGGGACUGAUGCUCGGGAUAUCCUGGAAAACCGGCUGCUGCCUCUUCGCAGGGGCUACAUUGGUGUGGUGAACAGAAGUCAAAAAGAUAUUGAUGGUAAGAAGGACAUCUGUGCAGCCAUAGCGGCUGAGAGGAAGUUUUUCCUGUCUCACCCCUCGUACCGCCAUAUGGCUGAUCGCAUGGGGACUCCACACUUACAGAAGAUACUCAACCAGCAAUUGACGAAUCACAUCCGUGAAACCUUGCCCGCACUGAGGAACAAGUUACAGAGUCAGAUGCUAUCCCUGGAGAAAGAGGUUGAGGAAUAUAAAAACUUUCGACCAGAUGAUCCCACCAGGAAAACCAAGGCACUCCUCCAGAUGGUGCAGCAAUUUGGAGUGGACUUUGAGAAGAGAAUCGAAGGCUCGGGUGACCAGGUGGAUACAGUGGAACUGUCUGGAGGUGCAAGAAUUAACCGCAUCUUCCAUGAGCGAUUCCCAUUUGAGCUAGUGAAGAUGGAAUUUGAUGAAAAAGAGCUGCGAAGAGAAAUCAGCUACGCAAUCAAAAAUAUCCAUGGUGUCAGAACGGGGCUCUUCACCCCAGACUUGGCAUUUGACGCAAUAGUGAAAAAGCAGGUGGUGAAGCUGAAAACACCGUGUUUGAAGUGUGUGGACAUGGUUAUCCAGGAGUUGGUAAACACUGUCAGACAGUGCACACUCAAGCUCAACUCCUUUCCUAGGUUACGAGAGGAGACAGAGAGGAUCGUAACCACUCACGUCCGAGAUCGGGAGGGAAAGACCAAGGAUCAGAUCCUUUUAUUGAUUGACAUCGAACUGUCCUAUAUCAACACAAACCACGAGGACUUCAUCGGAUUUGCAAAUGCACAGCAGAGAAGCAGCCAGUUAACAAAGAAACGAGCGGUUCCAAACCAGGGUGAGAUUCUGGUUAUUCGUAGGGGUUGGAUCACCAUCAACAACAUCAGCAUCAUGAAGGGUGGCUCCAAGGAAUAUUGGUUUGUGUUAACGGCUGAGUCAUUGUCUUGGUACAAAGAUGAAGAGGAGAAGGAGAAGAAGUACAUGUUGCCACUUGAUAACCUGAAGCUGAAGGAUGUGGAGAAAGGUUUCAUGUCCACCAAACAUGUCUUUGCAAUCUUCAAUACAGAGCACAGAAAUGUUUAUAAAGACUAUCGCCAAAUUGAAUUGGCUUGUGAGUCCCAGGAGGAUGUGGACAGUUGGAAAGCAUCAUUCCUGAGGGCGGGGGUCUAUCCAGAGAGGGAGAAUACUGAGAAUGAUGAGGGGGGCAGCAGUCCAGACACAUUUUCAAUGGACCCGCAGCUGGAGCGACAGGUUGAAACGAUCCGUAACCUGGUGGAUUCCUACAUGGGAAUCGUCAAUAAAUCGAUCAGGGAUCUGAUGCCAAAGACCAUCAUGCACCUCAUGAUCAACAACACCAAGGACUUUAUCCACUCGGAGCUACUAGCUUUCCUGUACUCGUCCACUGACCAAAGCAGCUUAAUGGAGGAGUCGGCUGAGCAGGCACAGAGACGUGAUGAAAUGUUGCGAAUGUAUCAUGCCAUCAAAGAAGCUCUGCGCAUUAUCGGGGACAUCAGCACCACCACCAUCACUGCACCCCUGCCUCCCCCAGUUGAUGAUUCCUGGCUUUCUGCCCAGUCAGGAGGUCACAGUCCGACACCUCAGCGUAGACCCCACUCUGCAGUGGGUCCACCAGGUAGACCACCUGGGGUCCGAGGAUCGACUCCAGGUCCUAUGUUAAUACCAACUCCUGUGGGAGGUUUUGGUGCUCCUCCUAUUCCAUCCAGACCUGUUCCCACUAAUGAUGCCUUCGGGGUACCACCUCAGAUUCCUUCCAGGCCAGCACGUAUCCCACCUGGCCCUCCUGGGCUACCCAGGCGUCCUCCUCCAGCAGUGCCUUCAAGACCUGGCUACUGAAUGUGUCCCACUAUUUUCUACCUGUUUUGGCAGACUAUUUAUGUAAUUGCAGUUGCACGUCCAGAUUCUGUGAAAACUCCCCAUCUCAGACUCUUGCCUGCUGCUCCCUACAGUAAUACAAACCCUCUCCAGUAGCCUGGGCAAAAAUUGUUACUCUGUCAUUACUCUACUCUUCCCUAACUUUGUUUAAAGAAGAUCUGUCUGAUCUGUUUGGGAUUUGUUGAAAGUUACAUUUUUAUUGGAUCUGAAUGUGGGUUUGUACAAUAUUUGACAAUCAACUUGUUCUAAUUUAUAAAUCUUGAUCAAUCUACAGUGAGGCAAUAAGGGUUCCAUAUGCUUUAAUGCUGAUGGUCGAAGAGUGAAGUUCUGGACCAGAGGUGUUUUAAAAUAAAAUAUAGCUAUAGCUAAAUUGGUUUAAUUUGGGAGUCUGGGAAGGGCCUAGAAAGCUGAAGACAAAAAAAUCUUUCCUGGCAUUUUAUGUAGAUACUGGCAUGAUUUUUGUAGGAUGAUAACCUGACGUAUAAGGGGCUGUCUGCCAUAGUGGAGAUCUGCAGAAGAGUUGAAGAAUUUACUGGCUGGGCAAAAGUAAAUUCUGGAAGGUGAAUUUGACGGGUUUAGUGAGACUGCAGGAAUUGUACCCAUGUAUAGCUGUGGUCAAAUUAGGGUUUCCUGCAUGGGGGCAAGUGUUUAGAAAAAUUUUCCAUUACUCCAGCAUUUGAGAGUGACCACUCCUCUCCAGUCCUUCUACCCAAAGGCAGGAUUAAGUGUGAAACUGGUACAAAGUAUCCUAAAUAACCUUUACAAAUUCUGUAGUGUUGAGACAAGCGGGUGAGUGGUGUGCAAACAGGUAGGAAAGCAGCUCCCACCCUCACCCCAGUUAGAGUUUUCAGUAUUAGGAUUGCAAGCCAAUUUUCUAAUCCGGUGUAAUUUGUUCCACACACAACAAAUGAUUCACAAAUGUAAUUAUUAAAAAGUUUGCUUUCUAUCCAGUUUCUCACUUUGAAUGUUAAACACAAGUAGAAUCACGUCCAUACGCUAUCCACAUACUCCCCAAUUAGGGAAUUUACUUUUUAGGCAACACUCAAAUUCUUAACUUCAGAAGAGAUUGGGAACAGAUUUGUGGUGAAUAGCUUUUGCAACUGGAGGAAGGCAUGUAGUGGAGCUCCCCCAGGACAGGUACUAGGACUGCUGCUUUUCUUGAUCUACAUUAAUGACUUAGACUUAGGUGCACAGAGAACAAUUUCAAAAAUUUGCAGUGGCAUGUACAAAAUGGACUAAAUAGCCUCCUGUGCCAUAAUUAUUGAUUCCAUAAAUUCAGCAAUCGAGCAGCGUUUUCUUUGCAUGGUGCUCUUACCUUCUGUAUAUUUUUGCUUUUUGUAAAUUACCUUUGGGAAUAAAAUUAUUUUGUACAGAUUGGUAUGUGAGGAAGGCUGUUGUUUAAUUUGAAAUACUAUAGUUCAAAACCUAGUUGAAUUGAUGCAGCUUUUGAAUGUCACCUGGAAUGGAGACUUCCAGCUUUGUUGGGGGAAGCAGAAUCACCCAAGAGGUUGAAGCUGUAUGAGUCUAGUGCUAGCUUUAGUUUGAAUUUUUGCCAUGUUGAAUCAUUUCAUGGGAAAUGAUUGAAACAUCACAUUAAUAGAAGCCAGCAACUAUAACAAGGCAGAAGUUUCUAUCCAGAUGUUAGGAUAGUGUAUAUCAAGCAAAAAUGAGGAUAGCAGCUGACCAGUGUACACUCCAGGACUUAAGUAUCAGGAAUGUAACACGACGCUCACUGAGCUGGUUAAUUAGUUUGCAGACGUUUCAUUACCCUGCUGGAUAACAUCCUCAGUGCAGCCUCCAAUGAAGCGCUGUUGUGUUUUUCUGCCUGGUAUUUAAACUCUGGAGUCCGUGUGGAGUUGAUUACCUCAUUUCUAGUUUUUCUUCGCAGUGAUUGUGUAUAUAGGGUCUAAUUUGUCAUGUUUACUGAUGGCCUUCUUGGUGGAGAACCAGGCCUCUGGAAAUACCCAUGCUUGUCUCUGUUUGGCCUGUCCUAGGAUUUGACGUUGUCCCAAUAGAACUGAUAGUUCUCCUUAUCCAUGUGAAUGGAGACAAGUGAGUACUGGGCAUGUCUUUUUGUUACUAGGUGGUGGUCAUGUUUUCUUGUGGCCAGCUUCCUCCUCGUCUGUCCAAUGUAAUGUUUGUCGCAGUCCUUACAAGAAAUCUUGUAUAUCAUGUUGGUUCUGUCCAUAGUGGGUAAGAGGUCUUUGGUUUGAGUUAGCAGUUGGUGUAAAUUUGUGUGCCACUUUGAUGACCAGUGGUGUUAGGAGUCUUGUGGUCAGUUCAGAUAUGUUCUUGAUGUACGGUAACGUGACAAGUGUAGUAGGGCAUACUGUAUCUUUUGUUGUGUGUGAGAUUUUCACACCCCUUCAUUUGUGGGUGUUGGGGCGGUUACUGUUGAAAUUCAGGACUUGAUCUGUGCGUAUGGCCAUUCUUUGUACUUUCGUCAGAAAUUCCCCUGUUGGCCCUGCAUUCUACCAUGAUGUCCAGGAAUGGGCGCUGUUCAUUCCUUUCUUCUUCCCUGGUGAAUUUGAUACAGUUAGUGUGUCUCCUCUAGUUUAAUCCAUUUGAUGGCAAAAGUGUCAUCCAUGUAUCGGAUCCAUAGUUUAGGUUGAAUCUGUGCAAGGGCCAUGCUUUCAAAUCUCUUAUCACCGCUUCUACUGUUAGUCCGGAGAUGGGUGACCCCAUGGGUGUCCCGUUGAUUUGUUCAUAGAUUUGGCCAUUAAUGAUAAACUGGGUCGUGAGGCACAGGUCCAGUAGUUUCAGCAUUUUGUCUAUGGAGAUGGUGUUUCUCAGGUCUCGUUCUUUUAGUAGUGUUGCUCGUGUUUCUCUUGGCAGUGGUACGUCAAUUGAUUGUGAAUAGGGCGGUAAUGUCAAAAGGACAUACCCCGAUUCUAUGGCCUCCCAAAGGUACACAAACCGGAAGUACCCAUCAGACCGACAAUCUCCCACCCAGGUUAGCGAAGGAAUUACAACCACGACUAAAGCAUCUCAUCAGCGACUCAAUCCAUUCAGCCCAUCAAAGAAAUAAGAAUAGAUGAGGAUGAGACCAUGGUAUCCUUUGAUGUUACUGCCUAUUCACAUCGAUUGACCUACCACUGGCAAGAGAAACACCACUAAGAGAACAAGACCCGAGAGAAAACAUCUACACAGAGUUUAAAUACCAGGUGAGAAAACAUAACAGCGCUUCAUCAGAGGCUGCACUGAUGAUGUUACCCAGCAGGGUAAUGAAAUGUCUGCGAACUAACGAACCAGCUUGGUGAGCAAACCAACUACAGCAUCCACAACACAAGCUACAAAUCUAUUCAAGAACCUUAAUGUAACACUAUAGUAUUAAUUCACUUCAGAUAUUAUGGAAUACCCAUGAAAUGAAUCUAAAACUGUUUUAACUUUCACCAAGCCUUGUUUACCUACCAUCAUUGUGCUCCCCCUGCAAUACAAUUGCAGUUGAUCAAACACCAGUGCCGUUUGGCCGAUCCUUUACAUAGUAUCAUCUUUUCAAAUCUCUACCAUGCCUACAUUCUUCAGCUCUUCUAAUUCUGGCCUAGUUAGAAUCUGCCCAGUUUAUCACUAUCAAUGGCAACUAUGAUUUGUCAUUUAAACCAGAGCUCUGGAGUUCCCUCCCACACGAGACUCAUUGAAAUAAAUUCCAUCAUUUUAUUAAGAAACUAUCUCCCUCCAAAAAUAUUCAAGGACACUUGUCAAAUGGUGGUUCAAAAAGUGUUCCUAAACACAACCCUCAAAUGUUUCCUCCGUUCCAAAUGGGCAAUCAAAACAUGACUGUUUUAGAUUUUCCAAAGUGAGGAAACCUCCUUUCUUGUACCUUGUGAAGGCACAUCAGAUGUUAUGUCUCCAUCAAAUCACCUCUUAUUCUUUAAGCUUCACUUGAUACAAGACUAGUCUGUCCAACCUUUUCUGAACCUGCUCAUUCCAGAUAUUAAACCUCAAUUAUUUCUAACACAUUUACAUCCUUAAAUAAGGAGACCAUAUUGUGUAUAAUACUGCAGAUGUGGUUUCACCAAUGCCCUGUAAAGCCAAAGCAUAACCUCCUUACUUUUGUAUUCAAUUCCCCUUGCAAUAAUUCCAAUUACUGCUUGUAUCUGCAUACCAACCUCUUGUGAUUCAUGCAUUAGGACACCCAGAUCUCUCUAUGUUAAGCUUUUGAAAUAAUGAUUUAGAUACUUUGUCAAAAUGGACCAUUUAACACUUGCCAGAUCUUCGACCACGCAAACUACCUGAUCCCUUUGUACUCUGUCUUCCACAAAAUUUUACAUUCUUACCAGAAAAUGACCCAUUCAUGGCUUUUGUUUCCUGUUAGCAUACUGCCCUGGAUAGAAGAUUGACGAGCUAUCUCAUAUACAAACUUUUUAUUUUCUGCUCCAGCUUUCUGAAUCCAGUACAUCCCCUAAUUUCCAGUUACCUACAUCACCUAUUAUUCCUCAAAACACUCAUUAGUUAAACAUGAUUUCCCUUUCCCAAAAAUCACUGUCUGCCUGAUUACUUUGAAUCUUUUCUAACUGCCCUCCUGUAACAUUUUGUUUUUAGUUCCUAAAAUCUGCCAUAGGGAUGAUGCUAAGCUAACAGGCCUGUAACUUCCUGUUAGUCUCUUUUUUGAUUUUUUUUUUUUUUUAAAAUUGCUACAUUCAAUCCUCCAACCUAAAAAGGAGUCUUCCCUGAAUCUGGGGGAUUUUGCAAAAUUAAAACCAUACAAUCAGCAAGCUUGCUACUUUUAAGACACUGGGAGGAAGACCAUUUAGACCCAGGCAUUUGUCCGCCUGUAGCUCCAACCAUUUACUACUUCUCCAAUUGUAAUUUUCUCCAAUUUUCCCUUCCAUCUUCUGAAUGACGGUUAUUUCUGGGAUGUUACUUAUAUCCUCCAAUAAAAAUCAAUGCAAAAUACCUGCUCAAUUAAUGUGCCAUCUCAAUUCUGUUAGUUCUCCAGACUCUCUCUACAUAGGAAACAUGCUGACUUCUUAAUGCCAACUAUUUAUCGAACUCUUCUAUUCCUAGCCAGUGCUCUCUAGUACUCAGCAAUUUUCCCCUCUAUUUUUGUUACUUUUUAUAUUCUAGUUUUCUGACCGGACAUUCAUCUUUGCAUAAUUAUGCUUUUUUUUCCCUUUGAAGCUUGAUACCAUCCUUAACCAAUUUUUUACUUAGUCACAUAUAGUGGGAUGUCUCCUUGGAAUUUAGUUUUUCAGUAAUAUACUUAAGGAGCUAUUUCAGAAAUAUAUAUAUGUCUCUGCAACUCGAUCUGUUUGCUAGAUCAAUUUCCCAGUUUAUUUUAGUUAUCUCUACUUCCGUGCCUUCAUAAUUGUUCUUACUAAAGUUUGAAAUAACAGUCCUUGACUUGCUUUUAUCAAGCUCAAGCAGAAUAUGAAAUGCAGCCAUUGUGGUCCCUUCAUUAUAGAAUCAUUCAUUAAUUCUAUCAUGUUACACAAUAUUAUGUCUAGUAUCCUGCUGUCUGGUUGGCUUCAAAACAUGCUGUUCCAAGAAACUAUACAGGAAACAUUUUAUGAACUAUAGGAAUAUUAGAGCAAGAGUAUGCUAUUUAGCCUGUUGAGCCUAUCCUUCCAUUCAGUAUAGUCAUGGCUGAUCAAUGUCUUUUACCCAUCCCAUCUCUAUAACCCUUUUUGCCAUUGUUAAUCAGAAAUCUAUCAACCUCUAUCUUAAAACAUAACGAUUGAGCUUCCACAGGCCUAGGAGUAGAAACAAUUUUCAUCACUGUCAUAAAUGGCCCCAUUAUUUUUAUAAUUGUGUACCCUGGUUCUAGACUCCCCAGGUAAGGGAAGCACUUUAUUUGAAUCUACCUGUCUAUCCCUUAAAAGUAUUUGUGAGAUUUCAUUCUUUGAAACUCGAGAAUACAGGCCCAGUCUGCCUGAUCUCUCUCCACAGGAUAGUCCUGCCAUCUCAGAAACAAGUCUGGUGGACCUUUGCACUCCCUCUACGGCAAUACGUUUUGGAAUAAGGAGACUAAAACUGCACGUGGUACUCCGGGCACAGUCAAAGCAAGCUCCUACACAAAUUGAAACAAUACUUCACUACACUCGUAACGAGAUUCUCUUGCAAUAAAGACUAACUUUGCAUUA